GGAAAAACGCCAUCUUUAAACCCCAGAAGAAACCUCUGAACAGCAGGACCAACGACGCACAGCGCCCGCGUCUGGAUCAAGUUCUGCGGGCAUCUUCUGUUUGUUAAGCGGUGAAACUAAAACGUUUUCAUAUCAAGGAACUGUAAGAAAACGAUUGAGACACACUUUAUAGUUUUGAGACUAUAUUAACAAAAGGACAGCCAAGAACGACAACAACAAUAGACGGAAAGAGACACAACGGACGUGCAUUCAAGGCGUUGUUGUUGAACUAGCAAGCCUGCUAGCCUCGCUAGCUAACGUCAGCUAGCAGCAUCUUUGUUUUUAAACGGCCACGUCUUGCCCCCUUUGUUGUCGCUUGCUUUUCUAACGUUAGCACCAUUUGGACUCGAUUGCGUGCCGGCAGCAAGUCCCGACUUUUCCCCUCCCCAGCGGUCUAGCCGGAGAUGCGUGGAAGAUGUCGGUUUCGGGGCUGAAGGCCGAAUUGAAGUUUCUGGAGUCCAUUUUUGAUCCAAACCACGAACGCUUCCGAAUAAUUGACUGGAAACCGGACGAACUAAGCUGUCAGUUCAAUGUAACUGGAGAAAAACUUCUGAUAAUCCACUGCAACAUAACAGAGUCAUACCCUUUAACACCACCUAUAUGGUUUGUGGACUCUGAAGAUCCAAGCCUGACACAAGUGUUGGAGCGCCUUGAUGAUGUGAGAAAAGGAAGCACUCUGCUCCUGCAACAGCUGAAGAGGCUCAUCUGCGAUCUCUGCCGCCUGUACAACCUACCCCAGCACCCAGAUGUGGAGAUGCUCGACCAGCCCCUGCCUGCUGGGCCUGUAGGGCAAGACCGCAAGCAUGGAACCACUGAUGAGGUCACGUCAGAGGAGGAGGAAGAGGAGGAAAUGGGAGAGGACAUCGAAGACCUCGACCACUACGAGAUGAAAGAGGAGGAGCCAGUGGACGGGAAGAAGUCUGAGGACGACGGGAUCGAGAAGGAGAACCUGGCUAUCCUGGAGAAAAUCAGAAAGAACCAGAGGCAGGACCACUUGAAUGUAAGUGCUCAUUCGGGUGCUGUUUCUGGGUCAGUGCAGGCCUCCGACCGCCUGAUGAAGGAGCUCCGGGAGAUCUACAGGUCCCAGAGUUACAAGACCGGGAUUUACUCUGUGGAGCUUUGCAACGACAGCCUCUAUGAAUGGCACGUGAAGCUGAGGACGGUGGAUCCUGAUAGCCCUUUGCACAGUGACCUACAAGUCCUAAAGGAAAAGGAGGGGAUGGAUUACAUUCUGCUAAACUUUUCAUAUAAAGAUAACUUCCCCUUUGACCCGCCGUUUGUGCGGGUAGCGUCGCCUGUUCUGUCCGGAGGUUACGUCCUUGGAGGGGGAGCCUUGUGCAUGGAACUUCUCACUAAGCAGGGCUGGAGCAGUGCCUAUUCCAUAGAGUCUGUCAUCAUGCAGAUCAAUGCCACUUUAGUCAAAGGAAAAGCCAGAGUGCAGUUCGGAGCCAAUAAGAACCAGUAUAAUCUUGCCAGAGCACAACAGUCAUAUAAAUCCCUGGUCCAGAUCCAUGAAAAGAAUGGCUGGUACACACCCCCGAAGGAGGACGGCUAGAUAAGGAUUGUGGCCAUGUCAGUUCUGGGACCACCCUGUCUUAGGAUCCAUACCCUUUUUUGUUUGUUUCUUUUUUUCUCAACCAUUUUUUCCCCUCCUUUUCUCCUAACUGGAGUUAUGUUCUUCACUGGAUGUUCAACCCCUACACCAGUUCCAUUUGUUCUGUGACCAAACUGAUGACGACUCCCUUGAAAAACCACCUCAGCCUAGCCUUCAGUACAGGAACCUCCCUUUCCAACUCCAUUCCUCUUUUACUCUCGCCUGUCAUUUCCCCCCUCUCCUCCGUUGCGACAUCUCCCUUACCCCGUAUUUGACUCCAUAUCAUCUGCCUCCGGUGAUUCCCACGUGGGCGAGCGAAGGAGUGGAUUCUGCCAGUGAUUCUGGUCAUGGAUGAGGCACGGCUUCUUGUACCAGUGGAGGCUCUCUGCCAGGACAUCCAUCUCGACCAGGCAGGGCCCCGAUGGCCUCAGACUGGAACUGACUAACCAGAGGCAUCCCCCACAGAGGGGCAGCAGUGGCUGAAGCAGACAAUUAACUGCUGAUGGUGGGAGAUUUACCCCACCCCACCUCACCCCCCACCCCCUCCCCAUUCUGGCUUUUGUCAUGUCCGUGCUUGUGUAAUAUCUGUAUAAUGCCAAGAUUCCUCUUCCUCUGGACGCCUGUGCUCCAUAGGCUAGCGUGCUUACACAUACCCUGGGUCUCCGGAAGCCAAACUCCCUGCCUGACUGGAGAAGACGAGCAACACAGACUCCUGUGGCCAGGGUGGGACUGCUGCUCUGUGAAGGAUAUCCUGUUGAGAUAAGUGGUGGUGUUGGGGAUAAGGGGGGUGUUCCAAUGCCCUCCAUCCCCCCCACCCCUCCAUCUUUCACCUGGGCUGGAGUUUUGGGCAGUGUCAGCAACAUACUGAGACAUGACCAGGCUUAGCAGUGGCAAGUUGGAAUUUAAUCACUGUAAUGUAGUUGAAUUUAACUCCACAUGUAAAGUUGUAUUUCUGAGAAUGGGUUCUAAUUGUUUUUAAUGUAACCUUGUGUGGGUCUUUGGGGUGGGCAGGAAUUGCAUUAGUAUACCCUUGACUACUCAUAGCAGGGCCAUCACAACUUCUGAAGACGUGUCACGCUAUAGAAAUAAGUCAAACUUUGCUACACUGAUACUUUUACAGAUGUACACACAAAAAACACACACACCAUAAACCAUGUUAUUUCGUAAGCUUAAUGACUACUACUGUUGAUUGAUUUCCUGUAUGAAGUUGAGUUCUGAGGUCAUAUUUGGCAACAGCCUAUAACACACCAUUCCUUGUUCUAGUGGUACCUCAUUCUUUACCAUGCGUUGUUGUUAUUGCACAGAUGGUGCUGUUUUGGCAUUCCAGACAUUGAAUCUAUUUGUAGCUGUCCCUUGAAACUUGAUGCACCUCAGUAAGGCUAUACAGAGAAAGGGACAGCAUUGUAUUUCCCAGUAGUGACGAGACCAUACCAAAAGACAGGUCUCCUUUCACGUUUCUUCAGUCUCCAAGUAUAAAUCAACGGGGUCCACAGGUCCCAGCCAUUCCCUGGUCCUUAAGAACUGCCCAUCACCAACCCACGGGCAGGGAUCUGAGUGGCUGGAAGGGACAUGGGGUUGGACUUCUGGCCCCGAGAGACUGUGGUGUAUUGGUCAAGUCGCUUUGAGGCCUAAGGUGUUCAGACGAAACCUCUCCUCCAACCAUAGCCUCCUCUAUGGUACCUAGUCAUGACCCUUAACCUCAGCUCUGUCAUACCAUCAGCAUGCUGAGUCUUAAGUAGAAUGUGAAUAUUAUGCAGAGAAAAAAAAAAAAGUUUGUUGCAUUGCUUUUAAUGCUCUUACAUAUGACUCCAUAGGUGAUUGUGAGCUCAUGCUGUUCCACAUUGUAUGUUGUCUGAACCCCCAGCAUAGGAACUAGUAUGUUCCUAGUUAAUAUCCUGCUUUUACUAUCAAUGUUUUGGGUCAUCUUAAAGCGAACCUAAUCCAGAACACAGGUCUCCUUGUAAAACGGCCAUGUAUCAUGUAGGUCCGAUUUAAGUUCCACCUGUAUUUGUGCAAGUAACAGCCACCUCACUAGUUUCUCAACACAUCUUUGUUGAUCUUUACAGUGUCUCUUUUUUUCUUUUCUUUUUCUCUCUCACACAAGACUUGUAACAGUCAUGACAUAUGGCACUAUUCACUCCAUUACAGUAUAAGUACAUAAGUAGCUGUUGUCAUAGGCAUGGAUGUUGAUGGUGUUGUUGGUUUCCUCUUAGUCACCUCCUGGGUCCAGACAUGCCCACUUAUAACUACCCCUGCCCCUGGGUCCAGACAUGCCCACUUAUAACUACCCCUGCCCCUGGGUUCUCUGCAGAAGCAAACUCAGGAAUACAUCAUGCACACUUGACUUUGCAAGGGAUUGCUUCACAAGAUGCAAGUUUAAUUUGUCAGUUUAUUUCUUUAUAACUGGUUUACCAUUUGAUUCCCCUGUAAUUACAGUAAGCAUAAGAUAGCUUUUUUUUUUGCUUUUGGACUGCACACUUUCUGGGUUGUAUUCUGACAAACAUCCGUCAGGUUGUUUAGAGGGGAGCCUGCUGUGCUAAGGUUGAAGUGAUGGUUUUUGGGCAGACUUUGCCAUUGUUGAUAUCUAACCCCUCUCCACACAGAUAUAAAUAAUCUAUCUCCACAGACGAUCGGUCCCGUGCUGAAGGAUGUUUUGGUGAACACUGACUCCCGACACACUCAUUUACCUCAACCAGUGCUGGUCUACAUGGGUGUUUACAGGACAGACUCCAACUUGUCCCUUUGGUAUUAAUUGUCCCUUUUCGCAUGUAGAUAUAACAAGUCAUUUUGCUCUGUUGUAACUGUGGGUAUAGGGUUGAUGUCUAAAGAUGAAUACUGAAUAGGGUUGAUUUGUUGAGGGGGUUCCUGGAAAAGGGAUUUUUUACGGCAGUGUAAACCUGAUUAACGAGAUCAGGUCAGCGAAGAGCAUCGACGCGGCUGCAUUCGGCGCAUUGCUAGAAAUACGAGACCAAAUAAAUUCUCAUCCGUAAACAAACACACAGCAGACUACUGUUCUUUCCACCUUAGCAGAACACCUAGUGCAGAUGAUAGGACUCUCUCCACCUCUCUGUCCAGGUCCCUGUGUCCCCCUCAUCACGAGACGGUCUCACCUUGACCCGAGGUGGAGACUCUGCUUCUCCUUGGCCCCUGUGUCUGUAGUCUUGUCAGUUGUGCAGUGAGUUACAGCUUCUUUUACACCUAUUUAGAUUGGGUGUUUAACAUAACAGUCUAGGGGUUGUGGGAAUAUUGGCUUGAGAUAGAAACUUGCCUACUAAUGGGUUCCCUCUCUGGCUUCAUUCUGUGGUGGGUGGGUUAUAAAGUUAUGCACUGUUAGCAUGCUUUGGUUUUAUUUUAUAUUUUUCAUUGCAAGGGUAAUUUUGACCAUGUACAGUAAUUUGUAAACUUGCAUCAAGUUUAUGAAUAAAGAAUUUUAUGAAAUA